AAGAAUAUAAGGAAAGGGUAUCUUAAGAUUUUCCCAUGCACACUUUUAUAUUUUAUUCGUUAACGUUACCUUGAUUGUAUCACUAUAUAAAAGAAUUAUAUUUCUAAUCCCAGAUCAUGUGGCGCCAGAUCCUCGCUAGAGCAGGGGUCUACGUGAACCCCACCAUUCGUCGGCAACACAUCGUCGGAAAGAACUGCCAGGGAUUGGUCUGCUCAGAAGGCAUCGCAGAGGGCGAGGUGAUCGCAGCGGUACCUUUCUGGUAUUGCACCGCUCCAAUCAUCUCGCUGGCAUCGCCGUGGGGACAACAACUAGGGGCACACCUAUCCGAUGUUUCUCACCGUGUCGAUGGGAUCCAAGUCGAAUUUAGCAGGGAAAGCUUGCUCACUAUUGCGUUGACUGCUCUUUCUAUGGAGCCGCCUAGUAUUUUGGCGGAUUAUUUGAACUUUAUCUCGAAUGAACACGCGACUGAAUCUUCCUUGGGAGAGAAGCUUGGAGAUGACUUGAUGCAGAAGCUUCGGAACAUUCAGAAAGUUAACGAUGACAUUAUUAGGGACACUCAAAUUGCUUUACGUUCUUGCGGUCUAAAUAUUGAAUUAGGUCGUCUGCGGCGUGCGCACGCACUAUGUGAGAGUCGCUGCGUUGAUAUCCCGUUUAGCGAGGAGGUCUUUGGAGGUCCUGCUCUGGUUCCUUUUCUUGAUCUGAUUAACCAUGGUGAAACCCAAAACAUCACCGUUCUGUUAACCUUUUCUGAUGAUGCCGUGCGGCGCGCGAAGAGGUCCUCCUGUGCAGAGAUGAUAUCGACAAAGACACCUUUCUACGUUAUGGUCCUGUCCGCAGGCCCCCUUUCGCCCGAUGAGGAGCUCACCUACCCGUAUGUCGACCCCGACGAGGAGGCUUUACUGUACAAAAAUCCACUUUACUGGGCUCUCCGCUUCCAUUUCUUCCCUUCUUCUAUGGAGAAUAAGAGCGAAGUAUUAGAUAGAGACAAGGCAAAAAUGUGCCAGUAAGUAGGUAAGGGGAUAACCCAGUAAUCCGAUACAACGAUACAGAGAUCCGAAAAAGGCAAUGAGUCGUUACAUUUUAGGCUCAUGGGU